AUGGAGGACCAAGUAGCAAACGCCAUCCAAAUCGCUUGGAACCCUUCCUCUGACCAAACGCUCAAGGCUCAAGCCUUUGAAUACCUCAACCGUCUCCGAACAGAUCCGUCUGGCUGGCACGUGUGUCUUCCUAUCUUCACCAAAUUGCCCCGACACUCUGAAGUUGUGCGCCAUGUCGCUCUGGAAAUCCUCAACAGCGCCACCCAGACUGGGAUGGUGGACCUGCAAGGGUUGAGGUACAUAAAGGGCCGCCUGAUGGAGUAUCUUGGGCAGAUGUAUGGCUCGGAUUCCUCCGCCCAGAUGGAUCCCGCCAGUUUACAAAAUAAGGUGGCUCAGACGUUGACCUAUCUUUUCUCCGCUCUCUAUGCGAAUGGAUGGGAGACCUUCUUCGAUGACCUGCUUCGUUUGACAUACAACAGCCCCCAAAGCUCGUCAAAUGAUAAUUCCCUCGGGAUCAUAUUUUACCUCCGGGUCAUCAACUCGAUCCAUGAUGAGAUUGGAGAUGUGCUGGUUUCGAGAUCGCGGGCGGAACAGGAUAAAGCAAACCUGCUCAAGGAUCUUAUACGCCAGAGGGACGUGCAGAAACUGGUCAAUUCGUGGCAGGAGAUUCUCUCAAACUGGAAGACUGGAAACGAUUGCAUCACGGAGAUAUGCCUGAAGGCCAUUGGCAGUUGGGUCAGUUGGAUUGAUAUAUCGCUAGUCGUCAACCAGACCAUGCUUGAUCUGCUGUUCCAGCAGCUUGCCAGAGCCAAGGAUCCCAAUCUUCCCGAGGGUGGGCAAAAAGUCCGAGAUGCGGCAGUUGACGUAUUCACCGAGAUUGUAGGCAAGAAGAUGAAACCGUCAGACAAAAUCGACAUGAUCUUAUUUCUCAAUUUAGAAAACACAGUCGCCCAACUUACUGGAAGCCCCCCGCUUCAUGACCAUCGCUUUACCUCCAAGUACGACACGGACCUUGCGGAAACGGUAGCCAGGCUAGUGAACAUUACAACAAUUGAUAUUGUCCGGUCUCUAGAUAACGAUACGGUUGAUUCUGCCACCAAAGAGAAAGCGGAGUCGCUUCUGCAAUCCUUCCUCCCACAUAUUCUUCGAUAUUUCGCGGACGAGUACGACGAGGUAUGCUCGACUGUAAUCCCCUCUAUGAACGAUCUUCUAUCCUAUUUCCGCAAAACCGCCAAAAAGAAUCCAGCUCUUGCACCUCAGCAAGCGCCUAUGUUGAUGCUAAUCCUAAAGGCUAUCAUUGCUAAGAUGAGAUAUGAUGAAACCUCAUCAUGGGGCGAUGACGAUGAUCAAACAGAUGAGGCUGAAUUUCAGGAACUUCGAAAGCGUUUGAACGUACUUCAGCAGAUUGUCGCUUCUUCAAACGAGCCGCUCUACAUGGAUGUUGUUAGUGAAAUCGUGGGGACAACUUUGGACAAUCUCAGACAACCUGGUGUCCAAGUUGACUGGCGGGAUCUUGAUCUUGCGUUGCACGAGAUGUUCCUCUUUGGAGACCUUGCUCUGAAGGCAGGCGGUUUGUAUGUUAAAAAUAAGGUGAACAAUGCUGCUGCAGAACUAUUGGUGGAGAUGAUGCUGCGCAUGGUUGAAGCUGACGUCAGGUCGUUUACCCAUCCAGCAACUCAGCUCCAGUAUAUGGAGAUCUGUGUACGGUAUAGCUCCUUUUUCGAUCAUCAUGUGCAUCUUAUCCCAGGCGUUUUAGAAUCCUUCCUACAAUUAGUUCAUCAUCCGGUUAAAAAAGUGAGGACCAGAUCUUGGUAUCUUUUCCAUCGAUUCCUUAAACAUCUUCGGAAUCGCAUUGGCAAUGUGGCGCAAACCGUCAUCAAGGCCCUUGGCGACCUCCUUGUCAUCCAAGCGGAAGUGCCUCAAGAAGGGUCCGACGGUGACGAUAUGUCAUCUGAAGAUCAUGAAGGAUCCACAGAUGCAGUCUUUAAUAGCCAGUUGUAUCUUUUCGAGGCCAUCGGUUGUAUCUGCUCUACUACUUCCGUCCCGGUUGACCAACAAGUUGCCUACGCCCAAUCUGUCAUGACUCCCAUCUUCAUGGAUAUGGAAAGACAUCUUGGAGCUGCAAAAUCAAAUGACGAACAGUCUAUCUUACAAAUCCACCAUGAUAUAAUGGCAUUGGGUACACUAGCUCGAGGAUUCUCGGACUGGACCCCAGGGACGAUAGCACCUACUGCACUCCCUGCACCAGAGAUUUCCGAAGCCUUCAACCAAGUAUCUGAAGCUACCUUGGUGGCUCUCGAGUCACUGAAAUCCUCUUUCAACAUUAGAACCGCUGCUAGAUUCGCAUUCUCUAGACUAGUCGGUGUUCGUGGUUCUCAGAAUUUACCCCAGCUUCCCCGGUGGAUUGAUGGAUUGAUGACGGAGACAUCCUCCAAAGAUGAAAUGGCGUUGUUUUUGCGCUUACUGGAUCAAAUUAUUUUUGGAUUUAAGACUGAGAUUUAUGGUAUCCUUGACACGCUCUUAACUCCCUUCCUGCAGCGUGUAUUUGCGGGAAUCUCCGAUCCCACGACCGGUACGGACGAUGAGAUACAACUUGCCGAACUGAAGCGGGAGUAUCUGAACUUCUUGCUAAUGAUUCUGAAUAAUAACCUUGGAACCGUUAUUAUUAGCAGCACGAACCAACCAAUCUUCGAAACCGUCCUAAGCACAAUCGAACACUUCGCCCGAGACGUCGAUGACUUCCCCACGGCCAAGAUGGCCUUCCUAGUCCUAUCCCGCAUGUCAAGUUUAUGGGGUGGACCGGACAUCAAUCAACCGGCCGCCAACGGCAAUGCCAACACAACCCCGCAGCCGGCUCUACCAGGCUUCGCCCAGUUCAUGAUCACCCGCUUCUCUCCGCUCUGCUGGUCUCUCCCUAUGACGCCCUCCUUCAACUCAAAGGACGCACAGGCAAAGCAGGUCCUUGGCGAAGCCGCAGCGCUGCAGAAAGUUAUAUACUCAAAAACGGGACAGGAGUAUAUUGACUACCUGAGAGGAAGAGAGUUGCCUGGCAUGGGGAUGGGGAGUGAUCUUGUCAAUGAGUAUGUGGGGUCCUUGGAGCACUUGGAUGUGAAAGGGUUCCGGCAAUUUUUUCAGGUAUGGGCGUCUCCUCCUGGUUCUACCGUUUGUUAUUUUCUCCCUUCUUUUUUUGAUACACCAUCUAACUUGAAUCUUACGUUCCUCUGCAGUCAUUUAUCCAGCGAUUAA